AUGGCAGCCCUUGAUACGCCCUGGACGUUCUACAUGUCCGACGAGCCCGCCCACGUCGCCAAUGGCAAUGGCACCACGGCCACCCACCACUCGGACUACCACAUCCAACCCACCGACCCCAACCCUCCCACCAUUGCCUCCUUCGCCCCCAUCUCCUCCUCCCCUGCCUCCCGCUCCCGUUUCCAGGUGCACCAAAAAUCGCCCCUCCUCGUCGCCACCCCCCCACAAGUCACCCGCGCCCUCUCGCAGAGCUACCCCUACGUCAAGGCCGCCAACUACGUCCUCGGCCUCCUAACCUGGACCACACCCGACCCAUGGGAGUCCUUCCUCGUCGUGGCAGCCUUCUGGGCGGCCGCCCUCUACGGCGACGUCGUGCUCCGCUUCGCCGGCAACGUGUUCAUCGUGGUGGUCCUCAUCCUGGGCAUGUUCCUGCGGCGAUACUACGACGAGCCGACCAGCACCACACUCGACGAGAUCCUCGAGACGCUCAACACGCUCACCACCCGCAUGAACAUCUUCUUCGACCCCUUCCUGCAGCUGACGCGGUGGCUGUCGACCACCAAGACGGCCACCACCGCCACAACCCGCCCCGCGCUCACAACCCUCUUCACCCGCAUCCUGCUGACCACGCCGCUGUGGCUCGCGCUCAGCGUGUACCCCACGCGCAUCAUCACCGCGCGCCGCAUCGUCCUGCUGAUGGGCACGCUGGUGCUCUCAUGGCACUCGCGCCCCGCAAAGGUGUCGCGCACCGUGCUCUGGCGCUCACAGCUCAUCCGUCUCGUGUGUAGCCGCCUCACGGGGCUAUCACUCAUGCCGCCGCCCGUGAUCCCCGCGCUCCCACCGCGCCACGUCUCCCCCUCCGACCUCAAGCACGCCAACGGCAGCAGCAACGGCAACGGCAACGGCAGCAGCUCCAGCAGCACCACCACGCACAAAUCCCACCCCACCGCCACCUCACCCGGCACGCACAUCGCCGCUGCCCCGCGCGGAAACCCCGACAACAUCCACCCCGAGGUCUCCACGCCGCUCACCGCCUCCACGGCCGGCGCAUCGCCGGGCGUAAAGUUCACGUUCGCCAUCUACGAGAACCAGCGGCGGUGGUUAGGGGUCGGGUGGACGUCGAGUCUGUUUGCGUAUGAACGUGCUCCGUUCACCGACGAGCAUUUGCAGCCGGCGCCGGCGCCGGCGGAGUUUGUGUUGCCGGUGACGGGGCGUGGGAGCGGUGUGCGGUGGCGGUGGGUUCCGGGGGAGGAUUGGCGGGUUGAGGGUGCGAAUGGUGGUGGGGGUGGGGGGAAGAAGCAGGAGGUGAAGGAUAAGGUGGGGUUGAGUGGGGAGAGUGGUGAGGGUUGGGUGUAUUAUGAUAAUAAGUGGCGAGACGGCCGCAGAGGCGUCGACGGAUGGGGCAAAUACACGCGCCGCCGCAAAUGGUACCGUAAUGCUGAGCUUGUUGAGGAUAUGGAGGAUGCGGAUGCGGCGGAGAUACCGCCGGCCGAGGUUAAGGUGAUGGGGAGGGAGAAGCCGGAGGUCGUGGUGACGGAUGUGGAGGGCGAGGUCGUGAAAAAGUAG